UCAAUUUUGUUUUCUCUGCUGUGACACCAAAAAUGGCAGUCUUAGAAUGUAUGUACAUCAAACAAGCUAUUGACCUUCUACAGGGCUUAUUAUCAGAUCGAGAUGAAAAGCAGCUCAGUGAGGAAUGUAUUGCUCGCUUGUUCAUAUUUGCUGUAAUGUGGUCAAUUGGAGCUCUUUUGGAACCAGAUGACAGGUUGAAAAUGGAGCUGUUCCUACGAAAGCAUUCUGCAGUGAAAGAACUUCCAGCUGUGAAUGGAGAAGAAACCAUGUUUGAAUUUGGUAUUAGUACCAGUGGCCAGUGGGAGCACUGGUCAGAGAAGGUCCCUGAAUAUAUUUACCCUAAAGAUUCAGUACCAGAAUAUACUUCCAUUCUAGUUCCAAAUGUAGACAGUGUUCGAACAGACUUUCUAAUGUACACUAUCAUGAAGCAAGGAAAAGCUGUUCUACUAAUUGGGGAACAGGGAACAGGAAAAACAGUUAUGAUUAAGGAUUACAUGAGCAAGUAUGAUCCUGAUGUUCACUUGUCCAAGUGUCUAAACUUUUCUUCUGCAACUCUACCAAAUAUGUUCCAAAGGAGCAUAGAAAGUUACGUAGAUAAAAGAAUGGGUACCACUUAUGGUCCUCCAGCAGGGAAGAAAAUGACUGUCUUUAUUGAUGACAUCAACAUGCCCGUGAUUAAUGAAUGGGGUGAUCAGAUCACCAAUGAGAUUGUAAGACAAUUGAUGGAACAGAAAGGUUUCUACAACUUGGAGAAGCCAGGUGAAUUUACGAACGUGGUUGAUAUUCAGUUUGUAGCUGCAAUGAUUCACCCUGGGGGAGGUCGGAAUGACAUCCCACAGCGCCUGAAACGCCAGUUCACCAUCUACAACUGCACACUACCUUCCAGUUCAUCUAUUGACAAAAUAUUUCGAACAGUAGCUGAAGGCUAUUUCUGUGAGCAACGAGGUUUUUCUGAGGAAAUUUGUAAACUGGCUUCUGCGUUAGUAUCUACAACACGAAAAGUAUGGCAAACAACAAAAGCAAAGAUCUUACCAACUCCAGCUAAAUUUCAUUACAUCUUUAAUUUACGAGACCUUAGUCGUAUUUGGCAAGGAAUGCUAACAGUAACUUCUGAAAUCUGCCAGAGCAUCAGUGUUUUGGUAGCCUUGUUCCAGCAUGAAUGCAGACGUGUUAUUGCAGACAGGUUCAUCAGCCAAAGUGAUAAAGACUGGUUUGAAGUUAUGAUGAAAAAGACUGCUGCUGCAGAACACGAUCAAAAUCUAUUUGAAGAUGGAUCUACAGAAUUAUACUUUGCAGAUUUUUUGCGUGAUGCCCCAGAAGCGACCGGAGAUGAACCUGAUGAUGUAGAAUUGAAGGCUCCUAAAAUUUAUGAGCCUAUUCCAUCUUUGGAUUAUUUGGCUGAAAGAUUACAAAUGUUCAUGCAACAGUACAAUGAAAGCAUCAGAGGAUCAAAGAUGGAUUUAGUAUUUUUCAAGUUACCAAAAGCUCUGAAGGAAUGGCAAGCAUUUCGAGACCUAAAGAAGAAAAUUGAUGACUUCACAGAGAGCUGUCCUCUGCUUGAAAUGAUGGCAAACAAGGCAUGUUCAGCAUAA